AAGUUUGUAACUUUCAGUCUCAAGUUUGUGGGAUCAAGCAGAACUAUUAUUCACUGAAGUCCUUGAACCAGCCUAGAUUAUCGAAGUGCAGUCGGCGGAAUCAAAGUACCGAUAUUUCAAGUGCCAAAUGAACGACUUGUUUCCCGAAUCUCCGACCGCGGGAGACACUGCCUCGGUGAUCAUUCCGUGAUCGCAUAUAUAGCAGUUGUCACUUGCCAACGUUUCCUCAUCGUACCCCUUUCUCUACACAUGAGCUUCUUGAAGAAACUAGGAGAGCUCGCUGAAAGACUGCCAGAGGGCGUCGAGCAUGCUCGGGACCAAGUUAUCGGAAUGCUGAACCCCAAUCGUCGUCACGACGAUCCGGAAGAGAAGCGCCAAGACGCCAUUCGUGCUGAGAUCAAUGCUGGACAUCGCUUUGACAGUUUCGCAACGGAGCGUGCAGAGAACUUUGUCAAGUGGCAUAUUGAUGGACACGAUUACAUGUGGGCGCUGUCUGAGAUGCUGGACAGUGCCAAAGACGUCAUCUUCAUCCAAGACUGGUGGCUCACCCCCGAGAUCUAUCUCCGCCGCCCGCCCGCCGCAUACCCGCAGUACCGCUUGGAUCGCCUGUUGAAACGCAAGGCCGAGGAGGGUGUCAAGAUCCAUGCCAUCGUCUACAAGGAGGUCACUCAGACGAUGACCAUGUCGUCCAGCCACACCAAGAAUUAUCUCGAGUCUCUGCACCCCAACAUCAAGUGUAUGCGGCACCCAGACCAUAUCGGCGCCAAGGAUACCGUCGAGUUCUGGUCGCACCACGAGAAGGUCGUGGUGGUCGACAACCACUACGCGUGCAUCGGUGGGCUUGACCUGUGUUUCGGCCGCUGGGACACGCACAACCACCCGCUCGCGGAUGUGCAUCCGACGGACUUCUCCAGGACGCUAUUCCCGGGGCAGGACUACAACAAUGCACGGGUAAUGGACUUCCAGAACGUCUACGACUACGUCAGCAACACGCUGUCAUCGCUUGAAAGCGCGCGCAUGCCCUGGCACGAUGUGCACAUGACCAUCUGCGGCCCCGUGGUGCUUGACGUCGUGCAGCACUUUACCGAGCGAUGGAACGAGAUCAAGAAGCGCAAGUACCGUGAGAAGCAGGAAUACGUGUGGCUUGCCCUUCCCCACAACGUCGAAGCCGCCCCGAACGAGGCUGUCGUCCGCCACCCGCAUCGAGAUGCGUGGCACAGGAUGGGACACAAGUACAAGCAGCGGUGGCUUGGACUGCCGGAAGAUGAGGAAGACCCGCACUAUCCUCCACGCAAGACCCCUGGAAUGAACGUCCAGGUUGUCCGCAGCGUCAGCGAUUGGUCCCAUGGAGUUUUGACUGAGCACAGCAUUCAAAAUGCUUAUUGCCAACUCAUCCGGGAGGCGGAGCAUUUUAUCUAUAUUGUUCUUGUACGUGGAGAAGACAUACUGCUCUAUGUCAAUCUCACCUCGCUCAGUAUUUCGUCCACUAACAAGGACGACGUCGUCAAGAACCAGAUCGCUGGCGCUCUGGUCGAGCGUAUCGUGCGAGCUGCUCGCGAAGACCGCAAGUUCCUGGUCUUCGUCGUCUUCCCGGAGCUGCCAGCGUUUGCUGGCCAAGUCAAAGAUGAUACCUCCUUGAAGACGAUCAUGGCCGCUCAGUAUCGCACGAUCAACCGCGGAGGACACAGCAUCUACGAGGAGAUCCGCAAGGCCGGCUUUGAACCGACCGACUACAUCCGCUUCUACCAUCUCCGCGCUUACGAUCGCAUCAACGCUCCGCUGCAAAGCUACAUCGCUAAGGCGGAGGAAGACAGCGGAGUCAAGUACCACGAGGCGCAGGUCGCGUUGGCCCGUCAGUGGGUCGGCAACGAUCCGGACGGGCUGAAGAAGGUGACCGUGACCGUGCCCCUUCCCACGCAGGAAGGAGUCGUCCUCUCGAAAGAGGAAUCUGUCAAAACCUUCACUGUCCCGAUCCCCGAAUCUGCUGAAGAGGCCAAGGGCGUCAUUGAGCGAUUCGAGGAUGCCGCUCGCAACAUCCGCGGGGACGAAGACGUGUCCGAUAAUGUUGUGCAGCACAUGCUUCACGACCGGACCAGCCUGCUGGACGAAAAGUGGCUUGGGACUGAGCAAGAGGAGUUGGAUUCCUAUGUUUCCGAACUCCUGUACAUCCACACCAAGCUGAUGGUUGUGGACGAUCGUCGUGUCAUCAUGGGCUCCGCCAACCUGAACGACCGUAGCCAGAAGGGUGACGGUGAUUCCGAGAUUGCGAUGGUUGUCGAAGACACAGAUAUGAUCGAUUCGACGAUGGAAGGUCGUCCGUACCAAGUGGCUCGCUUCGCCGCCACUUUGCGUCGCAAGCUCUUCCGAGAGCACCUGGGCCUGAUUCCCCCCCAGAAUGUGCACAAACACGCCGACGUCGACGAUUUCAUGCACCCUGCACCCCAUCCGAACCCGGAUGAGACUCAGGACGAGGAAGAUGCGCUCGUCGCCGAUCCGCUUGCGGAUGAAUUCGUUGAUCUCUGGAACAGCACUGCCCGGAAGAACCGGGAAGUGUUCACCGAGAUCUUCCGCCCUGUCCCGUCGAAUCUCGUGCGGGACUGGAAGGCUUAUGAUAAUUACGUGCCCAAGGUUAAGACCGGGCACGUCGUCCCCGGAAUCCCGCUCGAACGGGUCAAGAAGCAGCUUGCAACCGUCCGGGGUGCUUUGGUCGAGUGUCCUACCGACUUCUUAAUUGACGAGAAAGAGUUCGUGGAGGGUCCGGACUGGGUUGGCCUCAACCCCACACUUCCCAUCUACAUCUAGAGGAGAAGAACUUACGACAAGGAAUCUACGUACGAGUAGAGAAGAAUCUAUGGAAUGUUACGAGUUAUUGCUGGAGCUUCGAUUGUUGUCAGAAGUGGAUGAUUCUCACACUGGAUGUUUUGGUAAGAACGAUGAUGGUCCAAAACGCACGGAGCGUGAUCAUCUCUCGAAAGGACAUACGACGCAGAACACGGCGAUGCAUUCAAAGACGACGGUGACAUUGCUGCAUGCCCGUCAGCACGCUUCCUGGACUUGCGAUUUGUCCAGACCUGGUCGAGAGUUUCGAUGGCACCCUCAACGGCCGAAUACAUCUGAGACGCUUGGAAUCUACAUCGAUUGGCGGAUCACCC